AUGAGUCGUAUCUCCGAUUACCAGAAAACCGUUCCUGGUAUCAAUUUACCCGUCAAUCAGCUGACCUAUUUCUUUGCUGCUGUCCUCAUUAGUGGUGUUGUACAUGAAAUUGGACAUGGGAUAGCAGCUAUUCGGGAACAAGUUCGAUUUAAUGGCUUUGGGAUUUUUCUCUUCAUUAUUUAUCCUGGAGCAUUCGUUGAUCUGUUCACCACCCAUUUGCAGCUUAUAUCACCGGUCCAACAGCUAAGGAUAUUUUGUGCAGGUAUCUGGCAUAAUUUCGUCCUUGCCCUCCUGGGUAUUUUAGCUCUUGUCCUCCUCCCAGUAAUUCUCUUGCCUUUUUACUACACUGGAGUGGGAGUGCUUAUCACAGAAGUUGCUGAGGAUUCACCUGCCAUUGGACCCCGAGGCCUUUUUGUGGGAGACCUUGUCACUCAUUUACAGGACUGUCCUGUUACUAAUGUGCAAGACUGGAAUGAAUGUCUGGAUACCAUUGCCUAUGAGCCCCAAAUUGGUUACUGCAUAAGCGCAUCAACUUUACAACAGUUAAGCUUCCCAGUCAGAGCAUACAAACGACUAGAUGGUUCCACUGAAUGCUGCAAUAAUCAUAGCCUCACAGACGUGUGUUUUUCCUACAGAAAUAAUUUUAACAAGCGCUUGCAUACAUGUCUACCUGCCCGGAAAGCAGUUGAAGCUACCCAAGUUUGUAGAAGCAAUAAAGAUUGUAAAAAAAGUUCAAGUUCAAGUUUCUGUAUAAUACCUUCUUUAGAAACUCAUACUCGCUUAAUAAAAGUGAAGCACCCACCCCAAAUUGAUAUGUUGUAUGUAGGACAUCCAUUACAUCUUCACUACACUGUGAGCAUCACCAGUUUUAUUCCACGUUUCAAUUUUCUAAGCAUAGAUCUGCCAGUGAUUGUGGAGACAUUUGUCAAGUACCUGAUUUCCCUCUCUGGAGCUCUGGCUAUUGUGAAUGCUGUCCCCUGCUUUGCCUUGGAUGGUCAGUGGAUUUUAAACUCUUUUCUGGAUGCUACCCUUACCUCAGUGAUUGGAGACAAUGAUGUCAAAGAUCUGAUAGGAUUUUUUAUCUUACUUGGUGGCAGUGUACUUUUAGCUGCCAAUGUGACCCUGGGACUCUGGAUGGUUACAGCACGGUAAUAUUUGCUCUCUUCUGACAGAAUCUCCAAGUUCCCUUCUACAUCUGUGUGGUAAUAUCCAUUGCCAUUAACAUCCUUAUUUAGUAUGAAAUGUAUUUCUUUUUAGUUGCAUCAUGGCCAAUAUCACUGAGCUCCUCCUAUAUCUAGAGUACCCAAACUCUGUGGUGUAGGAUGAGCAGAAGGAAUGAAAGGCAUAGUCCCCAACUCCAUUUCUAUUUUAAAAGACUGAAUGUACAAAUCUCACCUGUUUGUGGAACAAUUGCUAAACAAGUACAAAUUCAUUCAUAUAGUACCAUGUCCUGUGAUUACAUAGCAUAUUGAAGUAGUACAAAGGAGAGCAGAAUUGAAUAGAAAUAAUUAGGAAAAUGUGUGUGUGGCUCUGGGGAUCAAACCCAUAGUCUCAUAUGCUAGGCAAGUGCUCUACCACUACACUACAGGCCCAUCCCCAGGGAAAACCAGUUGAAAUAUCAUCAUUAAGCUGGAUGUGGUGGUGCACACCUGUAGUUCCAGCACUCGGAAGAUUAAAGCAGGAAGAUUGCAAGUUUGAGGCCAGCCUGGGAUCCAUAGCAGGUUCCAGGCUAGCCUUGCCUACAUAUAUAGCA